AUGCUGCUCCGACGCACACCCUUCAAACCCCUCACCCAAUCUCUUCUAUCUAGCAGAGCACACCUCUCAACCCGCACCAAGCCCCAAAAGAGUCUCCCAGCGGCCUACUAUCGCGGCGGAACCUCCCGAGCCGUAAUCUUCAAAACAGAAGACCUCCCCGCUGAUCGCUCAGCAUGGGAUGAGAUCUUCCGCCGCGUAAUCGGCAGUCCGGACUCCAAUGGCCGACAGCUUGACGGGCUCGGCGGCGGCAUAUCAAGCCUAUCCAAGAUAUGCAUCGUUGGCAAAUCCACGACCCCGGACGUCGACAUCGACUACACAUUUGUCUCUCUGGGCGUCAAGAACACGCACGUCGACUACUCCAGUAACUGUGGAAACAUGAUUAGCGCAAUUGGACCCUUUGCCGUUGAUUCAGGUCUAUUCCCUGUUAACACCGAUGGACAUGAGGACGUCGAACUGCGCAUCCUGAACACCAACACGGGUAAGGUCAUCCGAUCUCGGUUCCCCGUAGUAGAAGGUGAAGCCGCAGCCUCGGGCGAUUUCGCCAUCGAUGGUGUUGCUGGGACCGCAGCGAAGAUUCAGUUGGAUUUCCUGGAUCCCGCCGGGUCGAAGACGGGGAAGUUAUUUCCCACGGGCAAGGUGGUGGAUGAGUUUGACGGCGUACGCACGACUUGUAUCGACGUCAGUAACCCGUGUUGCUUUGUUCUUGCGUCCGAGCUAGGAGUGGAGGGGAAUAUCACGCCCGAGGAAAUUGAUGCUCAUCCGACGCUUUUGGGUCGAUUGGAUGCCAUCCGCAGACAGGCUGGUGUUGCCAUGGGUCUUGCUGAGACGACUGAGUCCGUGCCCGGCAGUGUACCGAAGAUUGGGCUUGUUGCUUCGCCGGCGUCGAAUACGCGGGCGUCAGAGCAGGGACAGACGGCGGCGGAUGUGGAUUUGCUGGUUCGGGCGCUGUCGGUGGGCCAGCCGCAUAAGGCGGUCCCCAUUACCGUUGCUUUGGCGCUGGCGGCUGCUGCUCAGGUGUCGGGGAGUGUUGUGGCCGGGGUGACGAGUGGGAAGGCGGUUGAUCCGGCAGGGAUUACGCUGGGUCAUGCUAGUGGGAAGUUGGUUGUUGGGGCUGAGUUUGGAUCGGAUGGGAGUUUGAGCCAUGCGACGGUGUUUAGGACGGCGAGGAGGCUGAUGGAGGGGAGGGUGUUUUGGAAGGGUUAG